GUUAUAGUCUGAUAUUGCAACAGUUCUUCGUAGACACAUGGUGAAAUAUCGGAUAAUUUUCACAAGAAAUGGGCAUUAUUAGUAAUUCGGUGAAAAUCUGUAUAGCAAUAGCAUUGAUGUCGGGGACAAAUGUGGCUGACUAUCCAUUCCGUAACACAUCAUUGCCAUGGAAAGACAGAGUAGAUGACUUAGUGAGUCGGCUCACUGUGGAGGAAAUUAAGGAACAGAUGUCACGUGCAGGAGAGGGACCAAAAGGGGGCCCAGCUCCUGCCAUUCCUCGUCUUGGAAUCAAGCCAUAUUCCUGGGAUACCGAAUGCUUACGAGGUGACGCCUUUGCCGCAGGAAACGCGACAGCAUUCCCACAAGCCUUGGGUCUAGCUGCGACGUUUAGCUCCUCUGUGAUAUUCAGUGUAGCUAAAGCAGUGGGUACCGAGAUUCGAGCAAAGAACAACGACUACGUUAAGAGAGGCAUGUACGGAGACUACAUGGGCAUUAGCUGCUUCAGUCCUGUCAUCAACAUCAUGCGAGAUCCCAGGUGGGGUCGCAACCAGGAAACCUACGGUGAAGAUCCUAUUCUGAGUGGAAUGUUAGCAGAAAGUUUCGUGAAGGGUCUCCAGGGAAACAACUCCAGGUUCAUCCGGGCCAAUGCCGGCUGUAAACACUUCGACGUGCACGGGGGACCCGAGAAUAUUCCUGUGUCUAGGUUCUCGUUUGAUGCCAAGGUGUCUGAACGUGACUGGAGGACGACGUUCUUACCACAGUUCAAGGCGUGUGUUAAGGCUGGGACAUACAGUCUGAUGUGUAGUUACAACAGCAUCAACGGAGUGCCUUCCUGUGCAAACAGCGAACUUCUGACGAAAAUCCUGCGAUAUGAGUGGAAUUUCACUGGUUACGUCGUCAGCGACGAGUCUGCGGUAGAGAACAUCAUCAGCCAGCACCACUACCUGAACACUGCAGCGGAGACGGCAGCGGCGUGCAUCAAUGCUGGGUGUAGUCUGGAAGUCACGUCCAACGAUGCCGACCCCGUCUUCUAUUCAAUGAUUGACGCCAUCAAACAAGGUAUUCUGACUGAAGACGUAGUUCGAGAUCGCGUCAAGCCGCUGUUCUACACGAGGAUGAGGCUGGGGGAGUUUGAUCCACCCGACGACAAUCCAUACACCAAACUGGAUCUGUCAGUCGUACAGAGCAAAGCGCAUCAGGAACUGGCUCUUAAAGCAGCCAUGCAGUCAUUUGUCUUGCUGAAAAACAAGAAUGGGUUUCUUCCGCUCAAGAAAACAGUGUAUGACAAAAUAGCUAUUAUUGGCCCGAUGGCUAAUAAUAUUAAACAGCAGUUUGGAGACUACACCUCACCUAUUAACCCAGCGGUGACGACGACGCCAUUACAGAGCCUGAGUGAACUUGGGAAGGACGUCCACUACGCUGCUGGUUGUGAUUCUAACGCUUGCACCCAAUACAACUCACGCGACAUCCAAAAGGCGGUGACUGAAGUCGAAGUGAUAUUUGCAUGUCUUGGAACAGGUGAAAUUCUGGAAAGAGAACAGUUCGAUCGAGCUGAUCUGGAAUGGCCAGGAAAACAACUUCAAGUUCUUCAAGACGCUGUCAAAUACGGUAAAGGAGCACCACUGGUUGUGUUUCUGUUCAACGCCGGACCUCUGAACUUAACUUGGGCCUACAACAACGAUGACGUGAGCGCCAUGUUUGAAGUGUUCUUCCCGGCUCAGGCGACUGGCGAGGCGAUGCGGAGAAUUCUCAUCAACCAACAAGAUGGCGACGUUCCGGCUGGAAGACUUCCCAACACGUGGCCCAAAUACAUCGAAGACGUACCCCCUAUCACAGACUACACGAUGGAAGGAAGGACGUAUCGCUAUUUUAAAGGAGAGGUCUACUACCCAUUUGGCUUCGGCUUGUCGUAUACAACCUUUAAAUACGUUGCUAUGAUAUAUCCCGUUCUCGUGAAGGCCGGGCAGAACAUGUCUGUGUCGAUCGUGGUUAAAAACACUGGGAACUAUGACGCUGACGAGGUAGUCCAAGUCUACAUCUGGUGGCAAAAAGCAUCUGUACCUGUUCCUCAGUUACAACUGGUUUAUGUCGAUCGAGUCAGAAUUACCAGACGGAAAUCUGUCGAUGUAGAGUUUACCAUCCCAGCUGAGAGACUGGCGGUGUGGCACGAUGCAAUGGGAUGGGUCAUAGAAGAAGGUUCUUAUGGUAUCUCCUGUGGUGGACAACAACCGAACCAGAAGGUGAAGGUCAAUUCUAACGUGAUUACCGGAGAGUUCACAGUUACUGGAACAGCCUUCUUGGGAAUGUCCUAAAAUGUGGACGAAACCUGUUCA